AUAGAAGCCUCUUGCCCACCAAAGGUCCAUCCAACAAGAAUCCAAGGCUGAAUUCCUUCCUGAGUAGAGGAGCUGACCACUAAAGCUGAAAUGGGAUCUCGCCAUCUUAUCCUCUGGGUGCUGCUUCUUGCCUUGCACAUCACAGCUGCAAGUAUCUUUGACCCAACAGUGAAUGAAUCCUGCAAGUGUUUAAGAGUGAGGUCCGAAUUCAUCAAUCCUACAAAAUUUGCAAGAGUUGAAAUCUUACCUGCUGGAAUCCUCUGCCAAAGGAUGGAAAUAAUAAUCACACUGAAAGGAAAUAGAAAAGUGUGUGUUAAUCCCGAAUCUAAAUGGGUACAGGUUUUAGUGAAGCUGAUUCAAAACACGAACGAAACUUCCCCUUGAAAUGUUCCAAAGUCUGAAAUGUUCCAGGAGAGUGAAGAACAGAUAACGCACAAAUCCCAGAUGCAAUUUCUUUCUAGCUUCCUGCUUUCUGCAUCCAUUCUGCCUCCAGAAAGCUCAGUACUCCUGUUUAUGUAGUUAAUUCAGCAUGCAUUAAAGCACAGUUAGGCUGUGUUAGCCCUGCUGACAUUCUGCAAUUCCUGUGGCAUAAUCUUGUGUGUUCAUGUCCAAUAUAUUCUUAUCCUAAGCUCACUCAUGAAACACUUUCCCAUAGUAAAGGCUGCAAAAGCAUUUGCCUGCCUCGAAAACUGUGGAAACAGUAAUGCACAGAGUUUCCUGAACUCACAGCCUGCUCUCCUCAAAUAUGCUAUUAAGAACUUUCUGAUGAACCAUGUGUCUCAUGAUACAUCCAAAAUAUGACAGUACAGUAGAGUAUCACUUAUCCAACUUUCGCUUAUCCAACGUUCUGGAUUAUCCAACGCAGUCUGCCUUUUAGUAGUCAGUGUUUUUGUAGUCAAUGUUUUCAAUACAUGGUGCUGUUACCGUGUAUUGAACUGCAUUUUCUGUCGGUUGUAAAACAUGACGUUUUGGUGCUUAAUUUGUAAAAUCAUAACGUAAUUUGACGUUUAAUAGGCUUUUCCUUAAUCCUUCCUUAUUAUCCAACAUUUUUGUUUAUCCAACGUUCUUCCGGUCCGUUUAUGUUGGAUAAGUGAGACUCUACUGUACAUAAAACACAAUUUCCCUUCCCAUCAUUCCUGUUGGCUGUGAUAAUGAAAACUAUUCUGUAGUCACUUUAAUGAGACAGACAGUUGCUUUAUAGAGAAAUAUUUAAAAUCUAUGAAGAAUAAUAUAUUUAAUAACUGGUGGCUUUUAAAAAACGUGUGCUUUAGCUGGCUCUUAAAUUCCUGAUGGGAAACCUUUUAAAAUGUGAAUGGACCAAAUGUGAUGCAAAACUGUUUUCUUCUGUAAGUUUUUGCUAUAGAACUGAACAAUAAAAUGAUUUUUUUCCAUUUGAAAA